AUGUUCGACUCUGGUUUCUCGUCUGCACUGCUCCUCUUAGCCGGUUUGGGCAGCCUGACCGGUGAUAUGUGCGUGUGGAACUUCAGGCAGUACGAGAAGUUGUCCACAUUCAAAACAUCCGAUGUGACAGCUGUAUCUUGGUUCAACGAUGGCGAACAUUUGCUCCUGUCGACCACAACUCCAAGACUGCGAGUCAAUAACGGUUUUGGCGUUUGGCAUUACGGUGGAAAACGAUUAUUGUUUGAAAAGGUCGCUCCACGAGCCGUUCCUCGACCUGCCACUUUCGAUCUCCCAGCCGCCACGGAACAUGAAUUGUACGAAGUUCAAGUCGUCCCACAACACCCACUUCCACCUGCUCCCAAGCCGAAAAAAUUCGAUCAGGUUCGUGUUCGUUGGGCCCCGGUUGUCCGUCGUCUGAGACUGUUGGUUAAAAGUGAUUUUUUUCUAUUUGCUACCUGUAAUGCGUUCUUCCCAGACUGA